UGCAUGAAAAUGGUAUUACACGAAUUUUUUAGGCCUAAAUUCAUUUGUUCGGCGAAAAUUCAUUAUAUUUCAGUCGCGAUCAUAACAAGUGUUAUGUCAUAGUGUUCGUGCGUUUCCUGUUUUGUGCUAUUUUAUAUUCAAGAAAAUGAACAUUAAAACUGCUCAACUAGGGCAUAGUUUGCAUAAUUGUAUUCGGUCCAAUAUAAAAUGCUCGUUGGGGUCUCGAUCACAUUUUACCUAUUAUCCUACAUCAUUGGGAUCUGGAAAACGAAUGAAUAUGUUUAACGCCAUAAAUAAUGCAAUGGAUUUGGCGCUAGACGAAGACAAAUCAGCAUUGUUGUUUGGCGAGGAUGUGGGAUUUGGUGGAGUUUUUCGGUGUUCAGUUAAUCUACGGGAUAAGUACGGAAGUCAGCGCGUUUUUAAUACCCCCCUAUGUGAGCAAGGAAUUGCAGGCUUUGCAAUAGGUGUGGCUAAUACUGGAGCAACCGCGAUAGCUGAAAUUCAGUUUGCGGACUACAUAUUUCCUAGUUUCGACCAAAUAGUAAAUGAAGCUGCCAAAUAUCGCUACCGAAGCGGAGGGCUAUUCGACUGUGGAUCCUUAACUUUUAGAGUUCCUUGCGGUGCUGUUGGACACGGAGCACUCUACCAUUCUCAAAGUCCUGAAGCAUACUUUGCGCAUACCCCGGGCCUUCGUGUUGUGGUACCCCGUGGACCGAUAAAAGCAAAAGGCCUUAUCCUUGCAUGUAUCCGUGAUCCAAACCCUUGCAUUGUUUUCGAGCCAAAAACGUUAUAUCGGGCAGCCGUUGAGGAUGUUCCAACGGAAUACUAUACAUCACAGCUUGGCAAAGCUGAUAUAUUGCGACAUGGAAAAGAUGUCACACUUAUUGGUUGGGGUACACAAGUCCAUGUGCUAUUAGAAGUUGCAGAAACUGCAAAGCUGAAGUUAAAUAUAGAUUGUGAAGUUAUAGACUUGGUCUCUAUUUUGCCGUGGGAUACUGAUGCCAUAUGCACCUCUGCUAAAAAAACGGGCCGAGUUAUAAUUGCGCAUGAAGCUCCAUUAACACAGGGAUUUGGUUCAGAGCUAGCAUCGUACAUUCAAGAAAAGUGUUUUUUGCACCUUGAAGCACCUGUAAAGCGAGUGACUGGAUGGGAUACUCCGUUUCCUCAUGUCUUUGAGCCUUUUUAUAUGCCCGAUAAACACCGGUGUUUGUCAGCUAUCAAUGAUAUUGUUAACUUUUGAAAAUUGUAUGAUGAGAAAUUAAAGGUUUGCAUUUCAUAAAUUACUUUAAGAAAAUGGGUUUAAAGAUAUUAUAUUCCUGUAAAAAAUAAAA